AUGGCAAAUUUACGAAAAUCCCACCCCCUACUAAAAAUUGCUAACGACGCAGUAAUUGAUCUACCCACCCCAGCCAACAUCUCCGCAUGAUGAAACUUCGGGUCCUUACUUGGCCUUUGCCUUAUUACACAAAUUCUUACAGGCUUAUUUCUAGCCAUACACUACACCUCCGAUAUUGCAACAGCCUUCUCAUCAGUCGCCCAUAUCUGCCGAGACGUGAAUUACGGAUGACUUAUCCGAAAUAUGCAUGCAAAUGGAGCCUCAUUUUUCUUCAUCUGUAUUUAUAUACAUAUUGGACGAGGACUUUACUACGGCUCCUUUUUAAAUAAAGAAACAUGAAACGUAGGAGUAGUUUUACUUCUGCUUGUAAUAAUGACAGCCUUUGUAGGCUACGUCCUCCCAUGAGGACAGAUGUCAUUCUGAGGGGCAACCGUGAUUACCAACCUCCUAUCUGCUAUCCCUUAUAUUGGGGGCUCUUUAGUACAAUGAAUUUGGGGAGGUUUUUCCGUCGACAACGCAACUCUCACCCGGUUCUUCGCAUUCCACUUUUUAUUUCCCUUCAUCAUUGCAGCUGCUACCCUAAUCCACCUUAUUUUUCUCCACGAAACAGGCUCUAAUAACCCAACUGGUAUUAACUCAGACGCCGACAAGAUCUCAUUCCACCCAUACUUCUCUUAUAAAGAUAUUUUAGGCUUCGCAGCCCUGUUUGUAGCACUAAUCUCCUUAGCUUUAUUCUCCCCCAACCUCUUAGGUGACCCAGAUAAUUUCACCCCUGCUAACCCCUUAGUUACUCCCCCCCACAUUAAACCAGAAUGAUACUUCCUAUUCGCGUACGCCAUUUUACGAUCAAUUCCUAACAAACUGGGCGGAGUACUUGCCCUUCUUUCCUCAAUCCUUGUCCUAUUCCUAGUCCCCAUCCUCCACACCUCUAAACAACGAAGCCUUACCUUUCGACCCUUAACACAACUCCUUUUCUGAAUUUUAGUUGCAGACGUAAUUAUCCUUACAUGAAUUGGAGGUAUACCCGUCGAACACCCAUUUAUUAUUAUUGGUCAAAUUGCUUCUGUAUUAUACUUCUCUUUAUUUCUUAUUCUUUAUCCAACCGUUAGCUGAGUAGAAAACAAAGCACUUAAAUGAAAUU